AUGGUUUCUGUUCAUAACAUCGCUAGGGAACUACGCCUGAGAGAUAUUGGUGGCAUUAUCGUGGUAGAUUUCAUUGACAUGAUGGAUGAUUCAAAUAAAAGAUUGGUCUACGAAGAAGUUAAAAAGGCCGCUGCCAGAGACCGAUCAACAGUGAAGGUUUCUGAAUUGUCUCGGCAUGGGCUUAUGGAAAUCACCCGAAAGAGGGUUCGACCUAGUGUAACAUUUAUGAUUAGUGAACCAUGCACUUGCUGUCAUGCUACUGGGAGAGUGGAAGCUUUAGAGACCUCAUUUUCUAAAAUUGAACAUGAAAUUUGCCGGUACCUUGCAACUAUGGGCCAGAAGGCUGACCCUGAAAACCCCAAGUCAUGGCCCAGGUUUAUUCUAAGGGUUGAUCGGUACAUGUGUAACUAUUUAACCUCAGGAAAGAGGACAAGAUUAGCAGUCUUGAGCAGUUCUCUUAAAGUAUGGAUUCUUCUAAAGGUUGCUAGAGGUUUUAGUAGGGGUGCCUUUGAGCUGAAACCAUUGAUAGGUGACAAGGAUUACAAUAACCAGCAUCAAGUUGCAAUUCCUAUGUUGCGAUCAACGGAGGUUGGAUCUUAUACACCCUGCAGAAAAGUCACUCUCUUUCCCAUAAAAAAAUGGAAGACUGGAGGGAAAUGA